GUUCGCAUUCAACGACGCCAGCCUCCACGACGAAUAUCCCCCAAGCGGCCGAAUAUAAUCCAUCGACUUUACCUUUGAUUUAAUACGACUAUCUAAUACAUCUGCAUCAUGUGGAUUGUCAACUGGUUCUACGAUGUGCUGUCCUCACUUGGACUUCUUAACAAGCACGCGAAGCUCUUGUUCUUGGGUCUCGACAAUGCCGGAAAGACCACUCUUCUCCACAUGCUGAAGAACGACCGUGUUGCCAUUCUUCAACCCACUCUUCACCCCACAUCCGAGGAGCUCGCUAUCGGCAACGUUCGAUUCACCACUUUUGAUCUGGGCGGUCACCAGCAGGCUCGCCGUAUCUGGAGAGACUACUUCCCCGAGGUCAACGGUGUCGUCUUCCUCGUCGACGCCAAGGACCACGAGCGAUUCCCCGAGGCCAAGGCCGAGCUCGAUGCCCUCCUCUCCAUGGAGGAGCUUUCCAAGGUCCCCUUUGUCAUCCUCGGAAACAAGAUCGACCACCCCGAUGCCGUCUCUGAGGACGAGAUGCGACACCAGCUUGGACUCUACCAGACAACCGGCAAGGGCAAGGUUCAGCUUGAGGGUAUCCGACCGAUCGAGCUGUUCAUGUGCUCCGUGGUGAUGCGACAAGGUUACGGUGACGGUAUACGCUGGCUCUCGCAGUACGUGUAAAGGACGAAGGAGAGAAGAGAUGGGGGGUAGGAGGGAGAGAUCUACAGAGGUAUACCAGAUGUCGAGUGUUCGGGGGGAAGAGCAGAGGAGGACUUGUGACUAUCCACUGUUUAUGAGAUUCAGAAUUCUCCUUUAGGCGAACCUUGGUCGUGCAAUUAUACUACAACAUCUUGCUACAUACUCUGUAUACGACCUCAUCAACCGAGUUGUGUCGUUGGG